ACAUGCGCAAACCAUUUGUUGACUCCAACUUCAAAAUGGCCGACAUAGAUAGGACCACUGGAUCUGACAACAAGAAUAUUCAAGAUUUAACCCAAUUUGUAAGUAAUUUUGAAUACAAAAUUUAGGUUUUAAUAUUAAAGAUAUAAUUAUGAAUUCCCUGAAAUUUGUGGGUUUUUUAUUUGUUCAAAAGUUAUUUGAUGUUAUUCCGAUCUAUUGGCAAAAGUCUUUGUAGGAUUGUUCAUUCAGUGCUCAGUGUUCUUAACAAGUUGUGACAUGACUGAAAGUAUUACUUUCCAAUAUUUCAAGUAUUGAUUACUUUGAAUGGGUCUACGGAGAUUGAUCAAUAGCUUGUGACGCACGAGCUGAAAACAAUCGAUAAGCUUUCUUUCAAGUAACAAAGAGCAUUAAUGUUAGCUUUAUCAACUGUCAAACCACACUCAAACUAUUCUGACACUGUAACAAUGAGGACAAUGUCACUGACAUGUGACAUGGAAGAAUAGUAAUAUUGGUAAUUCAGUCAUAGAGAUACUUCAGUUGCUAAGAGGAAAUAGCAGUAAUGAUUUAACAUUUCUUGGCCGGGCCAUAUUUUUUUAUUGCAAUAUAUUUUUUAGGUGUUAAAGUUAAUUAAUUAUUCAGCAAUAAUUUCCAAAUAAAUCAUCUCAGAAUUUAGAAUUAUGGGUUAACUUGUACUAUAACUAAGCCAGCUGCUCCUAGUGCUAGAAAUACUUAUUAUCACUAAAAGUAAAAGGGAUGCAUCCAAUUCAGCUUCACCUUGGUUUCUUAACAGAAACAUUCCUUAUUUUAACUUCCUGUCUUUCUGCGACCUUCAUUAACCUCUUCAUCUCCUGGGAAAAAAAAGAAAAGAAAGAAAAAUUCAAGAGAAAAACAAAAGUUAUCUCUGUUGAAUUGCUGCUUUAUUAUAUUAGAUGGUGUUCAGCAAGCCACACUAACCAAAGCAUACAGUAGUGCCUUCUGCAUUGUGUCAUAAGUUUGUAGAAUGUUUCCUGACAAAACAUUAAUUGAAAUAUGAACUGGUUCCUGCGAUCUGCUGGCCAUGGUAUUGUUUAUUUUUUAAUAUUACAAGCAAAAUUUGAAGUAAACAAUUUUGUCACCAAUUAUUGGCGGCUAUUAGGCUUGUAGGCGGACACUUUCUAGCGAAAAAUAUUCAAUUUUUAAUUUGGGACUGCCGUUGUGAGGAGUGCCCUUGAACGCAGUCCUUAAUUUAUUAUCCUUUAUUCCCAUUGGUUUCAAAGACCCAAUCUUCUCACCCCUACCAACUCGCAUCUAACAUCCAUCCAUCCCUGUGGCGCUACAAUCCAUGCAGGGCUUUGGUCUGCCUCACUACCUCCUUCCACUCAAACUUAACUAAUGCUUUCCUUUUCCAUGCUUGGAUUCCCAGGUGUUUCAGAUCUUUAUGCACAUAUUCCAUCCAUCUAAGCCUAGGUCUUUUUUUUAGCCGUUUUCCUCUGGGGUUUUGGUGAUGCACCCUCUUCACUCCUGUCAUUCUCUCAUAGUGUCUUGCCCAGCGUAGCCUACCCUUUUUUACAAAAGCUACUAUCAUGGAAUCCUGAUAUAGACUGUAUAAUUCAUGAUUUGGUUUAUAUUCUCCAUCCAUAUUCAUCCUUUGUUGGUCCAUAUAUUUUCCUGAGAACUUUUCUCUCCCAUGUGUUUUCGUUAGGAUCCAAGUUUCACUUGCUUAUGUUACAACUGGUCUGAUACAGGUUUUAUAAAUAGUUUUCUUUGUUUCUCUUGUUAUGUUUUUAUUUUUGAGUAUUUUCUGACCACUGAAGUAUGCCCUGUUUCCGGCUGAUAUCCUUUCUUUUAUUUCUGUUGGUAAUUCUUUUCUUAAUUUAAUAACUCCCAUUUAAACCCCCACCCAAUUCAUGAUUAUCCCCUUCUUUGCCUGUAUAUUAUUAUACAAUACAAUGCUUUUUGAAUAAAAAUACAGUUAACUUGUUUAAUUCUUUAAACAGCAUAUUAAUUACUAAAAGAAAGGAACUAUAAAAAAAAACUUUGUAAUAUUGAAUUGAAAGAUGUCUUGUUCACAAUAACUAAUUUUACAUUUCUCUUAGCACUUUUCUUCUAUAAGAUUUUUUAAAAUGAAUUGUUAAGUAUCUAAUUUUACGUACUACUCAAUUUUUUGUUUUUUGGGGAUUCAUUUUUUAAUUCGUUUAUUUUGUUAAGCAAGAGAAAUACUGGGUAUAGUUAACUAUGAAAUUUUUCUUUUUACAGGUGCAGACACUUAUGAAUAAUAUGCAAGAUAAGUUUCAAGCCAUGUCUGAACAAAUACUUGGUAGAAAUAUCCUUUUUUUUUGUUUCUAAGAAUCAAAUGAUUAUAAGAAAGGUUAUUUAUUUAGUCACAAAUAAAUUACUUUCAUCUUAAGCAAUAUAAAAUUUCUAUUUUCAUUGAUAUUCUAUUAGUAGGAAUUUAUAUAACAAACCCUUCACUCCUUAUUCUUAUUUGGUGGUUCUCAAAGUGGGUGAAAGAGAUGUGUCAGUUGCAUGUAUGUGUAAUUAAGGCGACAUACAACACUAAUUUACUAAUAGUAAUUGCGUUUACAAGAGCACACAAAACUGAAUAUAUAUAUAUUUUGCAAAUCUUCUUAUCACACUAAUGGUUUGCAGGCAUCUUAUUAACUUUCAUUACUUAAUCUGGAAGGAUACAUACAAUGUGUGGAAAAAUUCAGGGUACCCACAAUUAUUAAGAAACAAAUGUUAUGCCAUUUACAUGUGCAUUAGUAACAUUUAUAAUUAAAAUAUAAGUUAUACCUUUUGUUGUCAUUUCCUUAACGGAAUUUACUUGAUGAUAUGGGCACUCGCAUCGAUGAUCUGGAAAAGAACAUUGCAGAUCUAAUGACCCAAGCUGGUGUAAGCGAUGGAGGCUUGUAGUACAUCAUGGGACCAUUCAUUAGCUUUUAUUAUUUUAAAGCUUUAGCCAUUGUUUUAGAAUGGAUUUGUUGUAAUUAACAUAGUUAAAAAGAUGUCAUCUCUAGAAGUAUUAUGCAGUUAACUAAUGAAAUUAUGUACUUUAAGAGGAAUAUACUUUAGAAGGUAUUCUGACAUGAUUAAAAACUGACAAAUUUGCAAUAAAUUAUGAGUAGUGGGAAAUAAUUAUUUUAUUUUUAUUACAAUUUAAACAUUAUGUGUUAAUUAUUUAAUUUUUGUUGAAUAAUUCAUGUGUAAAGUUUUUUUUAAUUCAUGUUCAACUGUUGGUAGCAUUUGCAAAUAUUUAGUUUUUUCAUAAGCUAUACUUUAGGCAAAACUGAAGAUGUUUUGAAGAAUUUGCACAUUCAUUGUGGUAAAAUGAGAAGAUAUAUUAUUAUCUCUUUCUUAGAUGGUACUAAUAAUAGUUUGGGUAUUGAUUUAUGCUAGUCAAUGAAAAAUUACCUCUUUUAAUCAAUAUGUUUGGGAUUCUUUAAAAAAAAAAAUUAAGUAAAAUUGUAAAAAAUGUAAAUGUUAUUCAUUUUUAAAAAGAUUGUUGCUUAUUUUUUUUUUCCCAUCAAAAUAGAAAAAAAAUAAAAUUAUCUUGAUUGAAAAG